UGGUGGUGGUGGUGUUGGUGGUGGUGGCGGCAGUGCCGCUGUGGCAAAUAGUGGCAUCGUCUCGACCACUGCUGUCGACAUGAUGUGCUCGACGACAGGCAGCCUUUCCCCGCACACACAUCUCCAGCCACACCCUCAUCCCCACCAACACUAUAGCAACACUGGUAGCAGUAACAACAACAACAACAACAAUAAUCGUCACCAUCAUCACCACCACCAUCAACAACAACAACAACAGCACCAGCAUCCAUCCCUCUCGCCGCAACGGCGGCGAGGCCUGACCAGCACGAACAACAACAGCAAUAACAAUAGCACCAGCAAUAGUGCUAACAGCAACAGCAGCAGUGCGGCUGCAGCAGCUGCUGCUGCUGCUGCAGCCGCCGCCGCAGCGAUGAUGACGAUGUCGUCUUCACCUUCAGCUUCGCUAGCUUCCGCAACACAUAACCUCUCCAACACCACCGCCAACAACAACAGCAGCGGCAGCGAAGUGAUGGAAAUGCAGAUGGGGUCAGCAGGGAUGGCCAUGGAUGGCGUUGUAGGUGUAGGGCUUCACCACCAGCAGCAGCAGCAGCAGCACCAGCAGCAGCAGCAGCAAACAGGCAUGGGCGGCGACCCCGAUUAUAUGGUGGUCACCGAUUGGGCUACCGCUGGAAGCAACACUACUCCUGUUGCCCCACCCUCAGUAUCGUCAUGUUCCUCUCCUUGUUCCUCCCCGUCGGUUACCGGCACGACCCCACCGUCUUCGUCGGUGACCAUGACGACGACGGCGGCGGCGGCGGCAGCAGGAGUGGUAGCUACCACCACAGCCCAUGCGACGAUGGGCAACAGCUCAGUGAUAAGCGCCCUGGUGCAAGCUCCUGUUAAUUCAGCAGUCGGAGUCAGAGUGAACAGUGACUACGAUGUAUACAGCGAUGACGGCGGCCAAGAACUAAUUAAUGUUGUCACCGACAGCAACAACAACAGCAACCUCGACAUCGCCAACACCAAGAGACUGCCAGAUGAGCCCUCUGUCACUACAAGUGGAACACACGACAUCGGGUCAGGUGUCAUGAAAGAUAGUAAAUGUCCAACUCCAGGCUGUGAUGGCAUUGGUCAUGUUACUGGACUUUAUUCUCAUCAUAGAAGCUUGUCUGGAUGCCCAAGAAAGGACAAGGUAUCCCCUGAAGUUCUUGCACUCCAGGACCACAUUCUACGAUGUCCGACACCAGGUUGUAAUGGAAGAGGCCAUGUGAACAGUAACAGGAACUCUCAUAGAAGUUUGUCUGGCUGUCCUAUUGCAGCUAUGGGCAAAAUCAUGAACACGCAAAGUAACAAAAAAUCAGAUAUUCUUGCAAGCAAAAGAGAUGAAUCUAAAAAUAUGGCUCCCUAUGAUGCUGAUUCUUCUCGCAUCUCUCAGAACCGAUGGUUGCCAGACGGAGAGAAAGCUCUCUACAUGUCAACCACCAUUGGAAAGUUCCAUUCAACCACUACUACCACCACCACCACUACUACCACCAACACCACCAUCACCUCUACCACCACCACUAAAGGUACCACGAUUUCCAGCCCCGUGAAUACCGGCCAGGAAGUAGAUACACGUUCCGACCGUGUACUUCGACCAAUGAUAUUGACUAAACAGCUUGAUCUCCCUUGCUAUGAAUAUCCUCCAUAUGUGUCCACCUCUACACCACGCACCAAUCUAGCCAAAGAACUCGAGAAAUACAACCGGCCACCCACUGAAUUCCAAACAUAUCAAUCAAAACUCUAUCCCGGCAAACCCAUUGCUCCCAAACCGAAAGACUCAAGCAUUGAUCGACCAAACAUCUUGAGCAAACGGCCAAACUACAAACCGCAGUAUCGAUAUGAUCCUCAAGUCCCUGUUGCCCUUAACCUCUCCACAAAAGCAGCGGCGGCGGCAGCUGCAGCAGCUGCUGCUUCCACGACUGCUUCUACGACUAAUACAGUAAACUGUGUGACGAACGGCUCCGGGCUGGACCUCACCAUGAAACCAAUGCCUGGCGCAUCAGUGGCCGGGGUACCAGCUUCGACGUCGGUGAAUGUCACUGCAGGACUGACGACGACGGCCACCACGACCAUUGCCAGCAUCACGACCACGACGUCGCUACCGGGCGGCAACAUGCCACUGACGAGCCGCAGCAACACCAGCAACGGCAGCACUAACAGCAGCAGCCCUGGCAAUUGUGCAAUUGCUAUUGCUGCCGCCACUGCUGCUGCUGCCGCCGCUGCUGCCAGUGGCGGUGGUGGUGGUGGUGGUGGUGGCAGUGGUGGUGGUGGUGGUGCUGCUGGUGGUGUCGGCGGCGGUGGUGGUGCAGGUACUGGUCUCAUGGAAACAGCAAACGUCAAUGUCAUGCAGCAACAGCAGCAGCAGCAGCAGCAACAACAACAACAGCAACAACAACAACUCCAACAACAACAGCACCCACACCAAAACCACCACCAUCAACAACAACAACAACAACAACAACAACAACAACAGCAUCAGCAACAACCACCUCCACCGCCACCACCACCCCCACAUCAACAUCAACAACAACAACAAUCACCACAUCAUCAACAACAACAACAACAUCAGCAGCAGCAGCAACCCCAACACACUGUACACCAGGUGUCUCAGCCUGAUACAGGGACCUUAUCUUCUCAUCAAACACACCAUCAUCAGCAGCAGCAGCCUGAUGACCUUAUGGUUUCCUCUUCCCCAUCAGCACUUUCAGUUGUCACAUCCAUACCUGCCUCACUUUCAUCGCCACCUUUGAACACUGCUAUAUCAUCAUCAUCAUCAUCAUCAAAAGGAGAUUACAAUGGCUUGCCUGUAUCACCAGUAAACGUUCCUGCCUUGGAGAAAACAGUCUGUGUCAAUGGAAUAGCAAGUCCGAAAAGUCCAAGUUCGUUGAGCAAGGCAUCUCCAAUAAGCAGCACACCACCGCGAACAUCACGUGAAGGGCGAGAAUUAAUUCAUUGCCCAACCCCUGGAUGCGACGGCAGUGGACAUGUCUCAGGAAAUUAUGCAUCUCAUCGAAGUUUGUCUGGCUGUCCGCUAGCGGAUCGAGCGACGGUUCUUGCUAGCCAUGUUGAACAAAAAUGUCCCACCCCAGGCUGUGACGGCUCAGGACAUAUUACGGGCAAUUAUUCCUCCCACCGCAGUCUGUCGGGCUGCCCUCGGGCUGCCAAGUUAAAGAAAAUUCUUGGAAAAGAUGGUGAACGCAAAGACGACGAACCACUGAGUGCAUCAGGUUGUCCGUUGGCAAACAAACACAAACUCCAACGCCAUCUGGUGCCUGUAGCUGGAGGUGGCAGUCUUGGAGGUAGUGUCAGUGUUGGUGGUGGCGACCAGUCUUCGAACGACUCGGUCAUGAUGGGCAACAACAAUAACAACAGCAACAACCGGCCUGUGAAGAUGGAUGCUAUUGUACAACUUGAUUACGAUGGGGUUGACCUGAAAUACAGGUGUCCAACUCCAGGCUGUGAUGGCUCUGGACACGCAAAUGGCAGUUUCCUUUCUCAUCGAAGUCUAUCAGGUUGCCCAAGGGCAACCCAAGCUAUGAAAAAGGCAAGACUUAGUUCUGCUGAGCUGAAUUCUCUACAAAUGAAAGUUCAAGCUGGACAUGAUCUUGAAAAUGCAGAGGACAUGAUCGAAAUAGAGAAUGAAAUCGAAGACCUGAAGAAAGCCAACAGGCAUGCAGAAACAGAGGUGAUUAAACUGCGUGCAGAGAUCACAUGUUUGGAAAACAAAAUACGCCUGCAAGAGCAGGAGAACUCGAGCGUCUGCGAAAAGAAUCAGCAUUUGCAGGAAUACGUGCAGUUGAUGCGUUCAAAGAUUAUCUCAUGUCUACAGAAUGUACAAGUGCCACAAAUAGAGGAAGCAAUCAGUGAGGAGAACUUCGACAAUUAUAUUGGCAAAAUACAAACACUGUGCACAAAUAAGACAAAUGACAAUCACGCCCUGUUCACAGUUAUUAAAUGCGCCAUUGCAGAGAUUAGCUAUCUACGGAAGAUUUAGGCGCUGUACUGUGCAAACCAAGCUUCCCCAAACCCCACCGACACUGAAUAUACGUAUAUAUAUAUAUAUAUAGAAGUAUAUAUGCAUACAUACACACAUAUAUAUACACACAUAUAUAUAUAUAUAUGUAUGUGUGUUUGUAUAUAUGCACGCACACGCACACACACACACACACACACACACACAAAAAUAUCCGCACAUGCCUAUAUCUAUAGAUGUGUGUGCGAGAGUAUAUAUAAAAAUAUAUGUGUAUAUAAUGUUAUAUAUUUCCAUACACACAUGGAUGGUUCUAUAUAUGCACAUAUAUAUGUAUAUAAUAAUUUAUAAAUAUAUAUAUGUAUGUAUAUAUAUGUAUAUUGUAAAUAUAUAUAUAUAUAUAUA